AAGUCGCGAUUCGCGUCAACGGUAGCCACCGUCGAUCGGUACUGCCCCCCACCCUCUUGGGGCUGCCACGGAGAGCUACCGAGAGAGUCCAUUACCAGCUCCAAGUCGAUCGUCGAGACCCAAGGGGCCCGAAUUAUUCGCAAAGAGAAAGGUUUUAUAUAGCGAUCGCAGUUUCGAUUGCAAUUCCAGUCUGAGCAUAGCACGGGUCGCGUGUUGAUACUGUUUCACGCCCUGCACCGAGUGAGUUUUGGUUCUCGUAACCGCAACCGGAGUUCUGAGUGUCUCCUACCGAUGCUCCCGAUAGCCACCGUCCAGAUCCGAGGAUUCCUGGCCAAAUGAUCGGUUCCCAACAGUGUAGUCCAUCCUUUGCCCAGUGAUUGACAGUGAAGCGAAGAAUUUUAAGGACCAGUGUUGCCCACGGGGAAGAAAUUGACCAUCUUUGCGCUGCGGAGGCAACCUUGGCCAAGUCCGCACGUGUGUACUUUAUUACAAAGUGAGCCGUUCAAGUGGAAACACUACGGCAUUCGGGUAGUGCUCUGUCACACAUGGAUUAGUUCAGUGGAUCGGUUCGGAUUAACAAUCAUUCGAUCAGCAAACGACACACCAUCAUUAGGAAGCGAAUUCUUCUCAAGUGCGAUAUCAAUAUUUAACGUAAAAUGUUGGCCAUAAAUCAACGUAUGGAUUAGUUAAGUUGUGAAGCGAAAUUAUCGAGUGCAUCGAAAAAAGUGAAAAAAAAAUCAGGCAAUACAUUCCUUCGAACCUAACCUUGCCCCCAGUUGGAAUAGAAGAAUCUUCUCCCAGUGUGAUAUACAGCUGCCAUUUGCUAGUGUAUACAGAAUGAUGAUGAUGAUGGCCAUAGACUGGCGGAAAAGUGCACGUCUGACAGCACUCGGUGCUGUCCUUGUGCUGUGUGUGUUCCAGGUCGGAGCCGUUCGAGUGGCGCAGCAGCCGUUAACACCCAAACGCGUUACAGAUGACAAAGCCGCGGUCGAUCAGACCCCAGCGUCGUCUUGGUGGUCAUCGCACAUAGCCGAUGCCCUACCAUCGUCCAAAAACUACUUCCAGGCCACCCAUGGGCUGGUCCAGACACACCCUUCGCUGUCGAAGGGAAGCACACAAGCACUGCCGCUGACGUCGGCGCCACGCGCAGGAGGACCAGUUCUCUCCAGCGGAUUCCCCUCGAUUGCCAACGCCAACAAUCGGUCCCCAUUCCGUCAUUUGGAUUUCAGCACCAGCGCCACCGCCGAGCUGAGACGUAACCCGAGCCUCUCGGCGCCUGAUGAGUGCGCCCGAGCCUGCCGAGAGGGAGAGCCCCCAAGGAUCUGCUACUACCAUUUCACCGUUGAGUUUUACACCGUUCUGGGAGCCGCCUGUCAAGUGUGCACACCAAAUGCAACCAAUACCGUGUGGAGUCACUGCCAGUGCGUUCUGGCCGAUGGUGUCGAGCGAGGUAUUCUGACGGUGAACCGUAUGAUCCCCGGGCCGAGUAUCCAGGUGUGCGAGAACGACAGGGUCGUGAUCGAUGUCGAGAACCACAUGGAGGGUAUGGAGUUGACCAUCCAUUGGCACGGAAUCUGGCAGCGCGGAACGCAGUACUACGACGGUGUGCCAUUUGUGACGCAGUGCCCCAUCCAGCAGGGAAAUACCUUUAGAUAUCAAUGGACCGGUAACGCUGGUACUCAUUUCUGGCACGCUCACACCGGUCUACAGAAACUGGACGGUCUCUACGGUAGUAUUGUCGUUCGUCAGCCACCGUCCCGCGACCCGAACUCGCACCUGUACGAUUUCGAUCUCACCACCCACAUCAUGCUGGUGAGCGAUUGGCUCCACGAGGACGCCGCCGAACGGUAUCCAGGUCGCCUCGCCGUCAACACCGGCCAAGAUCCCGAAUCGAUGCUCAUCAACGGCAAGGGACAGUUCCGCGACCCGAACACUGGCUUCAUGACAAACACCCCGCUGGAAAUCUUCACCAUCACCCCCGGCAGACGGUACCGAUUCCGUAUGAUCAACGCUUUCGCUUCGGUUUGCCCGGCCCAAGUCACCAUCGAGGGGCACACCCUGACGGUCAUCGCCACCGACGGAGAACCGGUGCAUCCAGUGCAAGUCAACACCAUCAUUUCAUUCUCAGGCGAACGUUAUGACUUUGUGAUCAACGCCGAUCAAGCCGUUGGUGCCUACUGGAUUCAGUUGCGUGGUCUCGGCGAGUGCGGAAUCAAGCGUGCUCAGCAGCUUGGAAUACUCCGAUAUGCUCGUGGUCCAUACCAGCCAGCUUCCCCGCCACCAACUUACGACGUCGGUCUACCCCAGGGAGUGGUGCUGAAUCCGCUCGACGCCGUCUGCAAUAUGCCGCGACCGGACGCGAUUUGUGUCAGUAAUCUUCGAAGUGCCAAAAAGAUCGACAAAGCUGUCCUGACCGAGCGACCGGAUGUGAAGAUUUUCCUCCCGUUCCGAUUCUACUUCUACCGGGUGGAGGAACUGUUUACGCCCAACACGUACAACAAAUUCUUAGUUGCCCCGGAUGGUGAUCAUGUGAUCUCGUUGAUCGAUGAGAUUUCCUAUGUGCCAGCGCCAUCUCCAAUGCUGUCGCAAAGAGAAGACAUCCCAGCGGAACAAUUCUGCAACGGUGAUAGACGACCUGCCCAGUGUGGAGAUAACUGUAGGUGUACCCACAUGAUCGACAUCCCCCUGGAUGCGAUCGUGGAAAUUGUACUCGUGGACGAAGUUCAACAAGCCAACCUUAGUCAUCCGUUUCAUUUACACGGUCAUGCGUUCAAUGUGAUCGGUAUGGGUCGUUCACCGGACUCUAACGUGAGGAAAAUCAAUCUUAACCAUGCGCUCGAUUUGGACCGUCGAGGUUUGCUGAACAGAAGAUUCAACGAUCCACCGCUCAAGGAUAAUGUGGCAGUGCCGAACAACGGUUACGUUGUGUUGCGGUUUAGAGCAGAUAACCCAGGCUACUGGCUAUUCCACUGUCACUUCCAGUUCCAUAUUCUGAUCGGCAUGAAUCUCGUUAUUCACAUUGGCAACCACGUUGAUCUGCCUCCAGUGCCAGUGGAUUUCCCCCGAUGUGGAAGCCAUCUACCACCGAUAAUCUACCAGUAAAGGCACCCGUGAUAUCACUGCUGAAAUACAACAGAAAAAGAACAAAAGUAUAUCAGUGCAAUAGAGCUAACGGUGUCAAAACUAACUUUAAUAUCACCAAAUAUGAUUCAGUCUCCAGCGUCAAUGGAAAAAAAGGGGGUCUGCCAAAAACUUCCGGAUUAUAUGAUAUAAUUAGAAAUCUAGAUAGGUAGUAUAAGUAUUAGUAGCUAUCCCUCUUGUUUCGGCCUAAGACAAGACCUAACAAUAGCGGGCCAAAUUCCUGUCAAAUCCGAGCUAGCAGUUGAUUGGUUACUUCUGACAGUAACCAGCAAAAGCAAAUAUUCACGAAGAAUGUUAAAAAAUUUAUGUAUGUCUAUCGGCUAUAAUUAUUUAACAAAUAUGUUUGUUACAUCAGUUUGUAAUUUAUUCGCAUUGUUCCAGUUCAAAAAAAAAUUAAAUAAUACGGGGAUUGAAUGUCGAAAAGUUAUUCUAAUAAUUUUUUAUCAAAUUUCGUUCAUUCCAAUUCCCAAAACACAAAUGCGUCACAAACAGGCUUAUCGAGUUGCGCCUGAUGAUUCUGAUACCGAUUAAUGUUUUCAAUCGUAAUGACGGUGAGUUGUUUACAAAUAUUUAACCUCACAUUGUGACGUAUUCGAUGUGUACUUUUUGACUAUAAAUCACUACUGGCAUCACCUAAUGAAAAUAUGGUGAGCCAUAUUUUUUUAGAAGAAUGAGCAAAAUAACUCAUAUAGAGUGUUCAGCGAUUGUUUCAAACAACUCCUACUAAAAACCGUAAACUAUAUAAAACAGCAGAUAUUACUCAUCAUCAAUUGUUUACAAUGAACACAUCCUUGUUGUCAGGUCUUGUCUCAGGUUUCAACUUGAACGGCCCAUGCACGUACAAUAUUAUUGCGCAACAGUCGGGUUUGUGCAAUUAAAUUGAAUCGUUUGAAGAUUAUAUUGAAGGUUGUGCGGAAUACAUUAUUGGUCAACAUUGCACAAUGAAUAUCAAAAUUUUUAGAUUUCAUACGAAAUAGUGACAAACUUUUCAAUAUCAGAAUACACGUUCAAUAUUUACGAGCCGUUUUACACUUAAAACGAGUAAGCCAUCUGUUGGUUUCUUCUGUAAACUAUAUAGCUAUGUCGUUUGAAUGACAUUUUAUAUGAAGCAACACACGUUGAAAAAUAUUGAACAGUGUUUUAAUAUAAUAAAAAAAAAGCAAUACUUCCACUGUGAAUAUAACUCUGCACUAUUUUCGAAUGAUUCUUUCAAUGCUUGUGUUAAUUUUUAAAAAUAAUUCCUAUCAAUGUUUUAAGCAUAGUACAGUUGUCAAUGUCAAAAUGAUACAUGAUUAAAAAACAAACCAAUGGAUGGCUCAACCUUUAAAACAGGCGGAUAAUAGAUGUUUCAAAAUAGACACUAGCAUGGCAAGAAGUGAAGCUUGUGUAGUUCCUCGCGUAGAGGUUAUUAUAACGACAGUGCUCAUAUUUGUUUACUGACGUCGCUAUGGUGAUAGCCGGCUGAAAAGUAAACAAAAUAUUGAUAGUACACAUAGUAAACAUAGUAUACCGUGUUCCGUACUGUCGCUUCAAAAUUAGCCAAACCAGUAGGGGCAGUGGGGGCAAAUUGGUCACCUGCUUGUUUGGUAGUAUAACUGUCGACUAUGGAUUUCGCACGUCAAAAUAUAAAUAAAAACAGAAAUUGCUCUCUCGAUAGUCAUUCGGCCGUAGUUCUGUGCGCAUGGUAUCUACGGAAUUUCUAGUGAAAUUCAGUUUAUUCAAUCUGAUAUGUUGAACAAAUCAUCAGUUUGGACGACUGUUCAAAUUUGAACAGAUAUUUUAUUCAAUCUCAGCGGUUAAUUAGCAUAGAAAUUAUGUUGAUGUUUGGGAGCAAAGAGGUGCUUAACGACUUGCAAUGUUCUGUUUAAUAAAGCUCAUCACAUUCUACUCUUGAAGAUGUUCCUUUUGUGGCUUUGACCCUGGAAAAAUAUACAAUUCCAACUAAACUAAGCCUCAUUCUGCGGAACGUUAUGUGUUUCUUACAAAGUUUUUGUAUGCAUGAGAAAAUUUAAAUUGAGACUCUAGGUGAAUAGACCAAGCUUAUUUCAUACAUGGACCUACUAUAUCGAAUAGGAUUUGUACAAAUUUGAACAAAAAACGCAUAAAUUCAUCCCAUUUAGCUAGAUAUGUGCGAGUGACCACUUUGCCCCUACUAGGUGACCACUUUACCUCCAAGCAAAAAAAAAUUCGAUUUUUCACCUUUUUGCUAAUGAUGAAAAACGUACUAUUUUAAUUUUUUACAGUAGAAGCCGUAUGCUAUCUUUAACAACAAUGAUUUGAACUAUAAUAUUCUUAGAAAAACGGAAAUAGUAGCGAUAUGUGGACGCUGGAAAUAGACAUAUUCCUUAGGAUGACCACUAUGCCCCCACUUCCCCUAAUUUUCAUCUACCAUUUAUUCUAUCUUGCACAUCUCGGAACCAUUCGAAUAAUCAUCGAUGUAUCCAAAUGGCAUCCAGAUGGCACCAGUGUUUCUCCCGCCAAAAUAGAAUGUAAUUAAAAUGUACGUUAACAUAACACGACAAACAUUUUUUCGCUAAAAUUUAAUUACAUAACAAUUUCAUUACAGUCGUAUUUUCGGAAUCAGAGUAGGCAACGAAAUAAUAAGAUAAUAGCCAAACAAAUUUAAUAUCAUUUGAUUACUUGUACACAUACACAUGAAGUAGACAUGAGUGUAGAGAUGUUAGUGUUACGAUUCGUUGAGAUUUAAAUGAAGUUUGUUAUACCGACCAUUUGUAUUUAUGUGCAACGAGUUAAGAGCUGAUGUAAAUACUAAUAAACUAACUGAUCCACAGAAGAAUUCCUCGUUUUUCAUUUAAUUUCAUUAUUAUGUUAUCGAUUUUAUCUAUUGCAAUUUUUUUGGACUCUCUCACCCUAAAGUAUACAGCGUGGGAAAUUCCUAUAAGCACACUUUCAUUUUUUAUUUUAGGAUCAGCUAAAAUUUCAUAACUAUAGCAUUUGAUAGAACUUCCAAUAUAAUGAUUAUUUUAACAUAGAACGUCCCAACUCUAUUCUCCAUAGUUAUGUGAAUAACGAGGUUUAUCACUUUUCAGAAUAAUUUUAAAAAUUUGGUUCGAAACUUAGUCAAGCAAGUUGUUUGGGGGCCGUCCACAUACAACGUGGACAGAAAAAGCAUGAUUUUAGACUCCCCCUCCCCCUCCGUGGACAAGCGUGGACAUUUACUAAUCCCCUCCCCUCAAGUCCACGUGGAUAUUUUGUGCAUGUUUUUGGAUCAAGGAAAUUGUUUAUUGUUGUUUUGUCUAUAUUUAAAGUUUAUGUUAUAUUAUCGGACCUUUAACGGUUAUCCCGUUUUAUCCCGAUUGUUAUCCUAAUUC